GCCGCCCCCUCCCCCAUGGAGAGAGCCAGGCCGGAGCCGCCGCCGCCGAUGCCGCGCCAACCGCCGCGGCCCACCCCACCGCGCCCGUUGCGCCCCGCUCCGCCCGCGCAGCCCGUCGAGGCCGCCACCUUCCGGGCCGCGGCCGCCGAGCGUCCCCAAUCGCCGCCGGCCCAGGCCGCGGCCGCCAUCGCCGCAGUGGCCUCAUCGUGCGGGGAGGCCGCGGCAGCGGGCGCGCAGGCCGGGACGCGGCGCCUGCUGCAAGUGAAGCCGGAGCAGGUGCUGCUGCUGCCGCCGCCCGGGCCGCUGUUACCUCAAGCUCCCGACGAGGGUGCGGUCGCCGCCGCCGCCUCCUCUUCCUCCUCCGCCUCGUCCGCGCAGGCGCGUCUGCUGCAGCUGAGGCCGGAGCUGCUGCUGUUGCCGCCCCAGUCCGCGGCCGACGGAGGCCCUUGCAGGCCCGAGCUGCGCCCCAUGCAGCCCCGGACGCUGCUCGUCAAGGCCGAGAAGCAGGAGCUGGGGGCGGGCUUGGACCUGUCGGUGGGAUCCCGGAGGACCACCGAGGCCGGCCCCAGAGCCUCCAGGGCCGCCAAGUUGGAUGGCCCCGGGAAGGCCCUCGACGGCCGCCGAGGGGAUGAGAAGAAAGCCAAGCUGGAGGCCGAGGAAGCCUCGAGGGAUGCGCUGAAAGGCGGGGAAGGCAGGAACCUGCUGGCCAUCGGAGAAGGAGUCAUUAAGACCGAGGAGCCAGACAGACUCAGGGAGGACUGCAGGCUGGGCAGCACGGAAGCCGCAUCCAAUGGCCUGGCCCACGGCAGCAAGGAUGCUAUCCUGGCCCAGCCGCCCGGUGCUUUCGGUCCGCACCAGCAAGACCUAAGGUUCCCUUUGACUCUCCACACGGUCCCUCCUGGGGCCCGUAUCCAAUUUCAGGGGCCUCCGCCUUCUGAGCUGAUACGGUUGUCCAAGGUCCCCCUGACACCAGUGCCUAUUAAAAUGCAGUCCUUACUGGAGCCUUCUGUAAAAAUUGAAACCAAAGAUGUCCCCCUCACCGUGCUUCCCUCAGACGCAGGAAUACCUGAUACUCCCUUCAGUAAGGACAGAAAUGGUCAUGUGAAGCGACCCAUGAAUGCAUUUAUGGUUUGGGCAAGAAUCCACCGACCAGCACUAGCCAAAGCUAACCCAGCCGCCAACAAUGCAGAAAUCAGUGUCCAGCUCGGGUUAGAGUGGAACAAACUCAGUGAAGAACAAAAGAAACCCUAUUAUGAUGAAGCACAAAAGAUUAAAGAGAAGCACAGAGAGGAAUUUCCUGGUUGGGUUUAUCAGCCUCGUCCAGGGAAGCGAAAACGCUUCCCUCUAAGUGUUUCCAAUGUAUUUUCUGGUACCACACAAAAUAUUAUCUCUACAAAUCCUACAACAAUUUAUCCAUAUCGCUCACCUACCUACUCUGUGGUAAUCCCCGGCCUUCAGAACACCAUCACUCAUCCAGUUGGUGAGUUGGUCCUGUUGUAGAUUAGUUGUAAAUAC